GUGCCGACGCGUCACUGGUAUUGUUGGCAUUCGCAGCGCUGCUCCUUCGGGUCCCGGUUGACUGUUGGUCUUUUAUCAAAAUAUCAACAGUGGAAUAGAUUAUGAUGCGACCAUUAUGUGUUUAGAAUCCGACGUGAAAACAUCGUGAUAGCGGUUUUUAUUCUCGCUCUUGGCGACCAACGUGCAACUGAUAAGCUUAGUAAUCCAGGUGUCCGGAGAGUGCUAUUUUUGGGUACAAUCAAAGGUGUGCUUCGAAAAAAGAACAGGCAUUAGCCAUUAGAUCUAGACCGUCGUCGUCUUCGUUGUCGUCGCCGUGAUCGUUAGUUGGUUUAGAAAGUAUGCCAUAAUCGUUGCGAAAUUCCGCAUCGCGUUUGAGUGCAACGUCAUUGUGGCCGUUUGAUAAGCGGAAAGCAAUUUUUGCACGGUCGUCGUUUUUUUUUUCGACUUGAUAAAUUGUUGCUGUAUAGAUAGCUGCAAAAUUGAUUGUGCAAUACAAAUUAGUAGAAUGCGAAAUACCUGCUGGGACGCAAUCGUCCAUUUAAAGUGACAUAGGUAGAAAAAAAGAGCUCGCAAAUUACGGGUUAUCAGUGCCCAUCAAGAGAGAAAAAAAAAUAACAGAUAUCGAAUCGAAACAUCGUGUGACAGUGAAGUGACCUCAUUUGUGUACAUUCACGAUCGCGGUUCUAAAACUUCUCACCCACAAUGGACAUGACAAUUUCGUCUAAGAAUCACACCCUGAACGGCCACAGCGGCAUCAGCAGUAGCAGCGGAGCCAGCAGCUGCAGCUCCAGUUCGGGCCCGGGGGAACACAUCAAGCGGCCGAUGAAUGCGUUCAUGGUGUGGUCCCGGGGGCAGCGGCGAAAGAUGGCACAGGACAACCCGAAGAUGCACAAUUCGGAAAUAUCCAAGAACCUCGGCGCCCAGUGGAAACUGCUAACCGAGGGCGAAAAGCGGCCGUUCAUUGAUGAGGCGAAACGAUUAAGGGCACUCCACAUGAAGGAACACCCGGACUACAAAUACCGACCGCGCAGGAAGCCAAAAACGCUUGUCAAAUCACCCGCUCCGGCCAACAACGCAGCCAGUUCCUCGUCACAGCUGUCCGUCAAAGAGCCACUCCGUUCCCACUCACCGCAGAGUAAGUCACCUUACAGUCCCUCGCCGCUAACCACCCCCAUCGGAAUCCCACCGGGAAUUUUCCCGUCCUAUCACUUCGCCUACGAUCUGCACCAGAAGGCGUUCUGGAAUCUGUACGCUCCCCAUCUCCUCUCGACGAUGGUACCCUCCUACAGUGUUCCGCCCCAUUCACCCCACCCCCUAGCCUACAUCAAACCAUCUAAAUCCUCACCCCCGUCGCCAAUCACGCCUCCCUCGCCGAUACCGUCGAGUAACGUCAUCUGACCAACACCGCUGCGCUACAGUGCCGAGCACAGUGUCUAACUUGUUCCGGUUGUUUCUCCUUUCCCGCGGAAGCUUCCGCGGACGGAGAAAAUCACUCAUAUCAACAGUACCGAAGUAGCAAAGUGUUACUCAUUGUUUGCGAACGAAUCCAGCGCGGCGGCAACGAUUGCAUAAUUAUUUGUGAUAAGCAGGACAGCAUGGGUAUGUCUUUGGGAAGUAGCAGCAGCAGCAGUUUUUAUCGCAACCACUUCAUAUCAGAUAAUCCGCCGGGAGACACCAGAAUGGCACAAAUGACACCUCCCGUGGAAAACUACCUGUAAGAAAAAAAAAGAGAGUAAAUAAUACAUUCAAUAUUAGUGUUUUCGAUCGGAUAAAGCGAACGGUCGCGAGAGACUCCAGUUCAAUCAUUGAUUUUGCAAUGAUUAAUUUGCAGCAACGUGACAUGAUAUCAAAAUUGUUAUUAUUGUGUACGAUAAGGUUAAUUUAGUUUUUCUUAAGGAGCAUCAUUUUUUCCCAACAAUGGGGAAUACUUACUUUUAGGAGUGCAAUAGUGAACUUAUCUGUACUUAAAAGCCAAAAAGGUACAUGUUUCGGUCGCAAUCGACAAACAACAGCAAUCGCUAGUGUAAAUAGUUUCUCUAAUCAAAAUUAUGCCCUGAUAGAAGGUCUCAGAACAAACAAAAAAAGUUAUUCUAGUUAAUAGUUGUUUGAAAGCGGAAAGAAGCGUGCUUUCAUUCUAUGAUGAAACUAAAUAUCAUCAGAAGAAAAAAAACUAAAAUCAUUACACAAGUGAAAAUAAUACACAGAAACACAUACGUACGUAAAAUUAUUCAAGCACUAAAUAAAUGUAACUGUGAGCUAUCGAUGGGUAAAGCACAGCUCAAUUUCUCAUUGAAUUUUACUUUUACUAAUAAAAACAAAUGUCGAAAAAUUUAAA